CGCCCCGCCAUGGAGGACCUGGAUGCCCUGCUCUCUGACCUGGAGACCACCACCUCCCACAUGCCAAGGUCAGGGGCUCCAAAAGAGCGCCCCCAAGAGGCACUCACACCUCCCCCACCCUAUGGCCACCAGCCUCAGACAGGGUCUGGGGAAUCUUCAGGAGCCACUGGGGACAAGGAUCAUCUAUACAGUACGGUAUGCAAGCCUCGGUCCCCAAAGCCUGCAGCCCCCGCGGCUCCGCCAUUCUCCUCUUCCAGUGGUGUCUUGGGCACUGGACUCUGUGAGCUAGACCGUUUGCUUCAGGAACUUAAUGCCACCCAGUUCAAUAUUACAGAUGAAAUAAUGUCUCAGUUCCCAUCUAACAAAGUGACUGCAGGGGGACAAAAGGAGGACCAACCUGAAGAUAAAAGCAGACCCAGCCUUACUAGAGGGACUGUUACUUUGGGAGGCUCUGAGAUGAUACAGCUGUUCUCUUCACAGUCCUCCCAGCCCAUCUCCUGCUCCCCAUCCCCACCAGGGCCGACUGGCAAGGGCAGCCUGGACACCAUGCUGGGGCUGCUACAGUCAGACCUAAGCCGCCGUGGUGUCCCUACCCAGGCCAAAGGCCUCUGUGGCUCUUGCAAUAAGCCUAUUGCUGGGCAAGUGGUGACAGCUUUGGGUCGUGCCUGGCACCCUGAGCACUUUGUUUGUGGUGGCUGUUCCACGACCCUGGGAGGCAGCAGUUUCUUCGAGAAGGAUGGAGGCCCCUUCUGUCCUGAGUGCUACUUUGAGCGCUUCUCACCACGAUGUGGCUUCUGCAAUCAACCCAUCCGACAUAAGAUGGUAACUGCCUUGGGCACCCACUGGCACCCAGAGCAUUUCUGCUGCGUGAGUUGCGGGGAGCCCUUCGGAGAUGAGGGUUUCCACGAGCGUGAGGGCCGGCCCUACUGCCGCCGGGACUUCCUGCAGCUGUUCGCCCCGCGCUGCCAGGGCUGCCAAGGCCCCAUCCUGGAUAACUACAUCUCGGCGCUCAGCGCGCUGUGGCACCCAGACUGCUUCGUCUGCAGGGAGUGCUUCGCGCCCUUCUCGGGAGGUAGCUUUUUCGAGCACGAGGGCCGCCCGCUGUGCGAAAACCACUUCCACGCACGGCGCGGUUCGCUGUGCGCCACGUGCGGCCUCCCGGUGACUGGCCGCUGCGUGUCGGCCCUGGGCCGCCGCUUCCACCCGGAUCACUUCACCUGCACCUUCUGCUUGCGCCCGCUCACCAAGGGCUCCUUCCAGGAGCGCGCCGGCAAGCCCUACUGCCAGCCCUGCUUCCUUAAGCUCUUCGGCUGACUGCCCCUGGACUUGCGGGUCCGGGAGGCCACGCCCCCAAGACCCCACCCUUCCGAAAAAAACCAAGUCCUCCAGAUCCCUAGGUCUUGCUCUUCGAGCUUGGGGCAGCCUGCAAUAUCCCGUGGCUCUGCCGCCCCAUGCACUGGGGAGAUCCUCCACUAAGGUACUCUACGUUCUUGGCGGUCAGGUUCAGAAAAGGCCCUGCCCAUCCUAAACCCACACGCUCCCAAAGUGAUCUUAUAAUGACCAGAGAUUCCACUCUUUUCCCACCCUUGAGGGUGACUGGAGAAGGGUGCUUGUGAUUCCGACUAACCAGAGGCCAGGCCAGAACGUCCCUGCUACCCGCUCUCACUGUUCUGUGCACUUUUUUCUACGUACAUAAACACACAUUCCACGUCUCACUGGUGCUGUGUCUCGGGCACGGGAGAACCUUGUCUUCAUACCUCGGGACUCUGUGCGGGCUCUGUCCCCAGUGGGUUCUAGGCCACAGCCCUGUGGCCCAGGCGGGAACUGCGGUCUCAGUUCUUUGGAAGGGCAGUCACUUGCUCAGGAUUGUAUAGACAGUGGCAGAACCUGGACAGGGGGGCGACCUGAGGCCUCAGUGAAACUUCCUGCCUCCAUUCCCCUCCCUUCAACUCCCUGUAACCUUGAAACAAGCAAUUUGUUGUCCCUCCUGCUUUAAAGGAUUCUCAGAUGUGAGGCACUUUCUAGAUUUAUGCCCAUCCUUCACAUCUGGGCUCUGAGGCACAGCUUUCCUCUUAGUAUUGGCCCACGUGUUCCAUCACUUGCAGGUUUGGUGGAAACAUGGUCCCAGCUUUACCCCUUUCU